UUGAUUUCAAUUCUCUGCAAAAAAGAAAGAAAAAAAAGUUUCUUCUCUCCUAUAAUGAGGAGCUCGAGCUUUCCUUGAGAUUCAUCACUCUUUCUAUGUCUCACCCCGCCUCCUCCACCUCCACCUCCAACCCCAGCAAGCGCUCCUCCUCCUCCCCUCAUUCCGCCGCCGCAGCAGCUCCAAUUCUCCCCGCGAUGAAGAAGGCCAAGUCGCAGUCGCAGCACAAUACUCCCCACGUCCACUUCUCCGACGCACCCGCCCUCUCGCCGAUGAUCGAGGACGAUCCCAACGACGCCGUGCUCGAGGCCUCCUCCCCUUCCAGUGCCUUCGGCCGCACCGGCGCUGCCUCCGGCGGCGGCGUCACCGCCAAUUUGUCGCGGAAGAAGGCUACCCUCCCGCAGCCCACGAAGAAGCUCGUAAUUAAGCUCAACAAAGCCAAACCGAUGCUGCCGGUUGAUUUUGAGGAAAAUACAUGGGCAACACUCAAGUCGGCUAUUAGCGCCAUAUUUUUGAAGCAACCCAAUCCAUGUGACUUGGAGAAACUCUAUCAGGCGGUGAAUGACCUUUGCCUGCACAAAAUGGGGGGAAGUCUCUAUCAACGGAUUGAAAAGGAGUGCGAGACCUACAUAUCUGCUGCCCUUCAAUCUUUGGUCGGCCAAAGUGAAGAUCUGGUGGUUUUCUUAUCACUUGUUCAGAAGCGGUGGCAGGAUUUUUGUGACCAGAUGCUGAUGAUCCGGGGUAUAGCAUUAUAUCUAGAUAGAACAUAUGUGAAGCAAACACCGAACGUUCGCUCAUUAUGGGACAUGGGCUUGCAGCUUUUCCACAAACAUCUUUCCCUAGCUUCAGAAGUGGAGCGCAAAACCGUAUUUGGUCUUCUUAAAAUGAUUGAGAGUGAAAGACUAGGCGAAGCAGUUGAUAGAACUCUCCUUAAUCAUCUAUUGAAGAUGUUCACUGCAUUGGGCAUUUAUCCAGAAAGCUUUGAGAAGCCAUUCCUUGAAGGUACAUCUGAGUUUUAUGCUGCCGAAGGUGUCAAAUACAUGCAGCAGGCAGAUGUUCCAGAUUAUUUAAAGCAUGUUGAGGUGCGGAUUCGUAAGAAAACUGAAAGAUGUCUAAUCUACCUUGACGCAAGUACAAGAAAGCCACUAGUAGCCACUGCAGAAAGGCAGCUGCUCGUGCGUCAUGUAUCUGCGAUUCUCGAUAAGGGUUUCAUGACACUUAUGGAUGGGAAGCGUAUUGAAGACCUUCAGAGGAUGUAUAUGCUCUUCUCCAGAGUUGAUGCCCUUGAAUCUUUGAGGCAAUCCCUGAAUCAGUACAUCCGAAGGACUGGCCAGAGUAUUGUCAUGGAUGAAGAGAAGGACAGAGAGAUGGUGUCGAGCUUAUUGGAAUUUAAGGCUAAUCUUGAUAGAAUAUGGGAAGAAAGCUUUUCCAAAAAUGAAGCAUUUAGUAACACCAUCAAGGAUGCAUUUGAGCAUCUCAUUAAUAUCCGGCAGAAUCGGCCUGCUGAGCUAAUCGCCAAGUUUGUUGACGAGAAGCUUCGUGCUGGAAACAAGGGUACCUCAGAAGAGGAAUUGGAGGGUACACUUGAUAAAGUGUUAGUCUUGUUCAGAUUUAUACAGGGCAAGGAUGUAUUCGAAGCUUUCUACAAGAAAGAUCUUGCUAAAAGGCUCUUGUUGAGUAAAAGUGCUUCUAUUGAUGCAGAGAAGUCUAUGAUUACUAAGUUGAAAACUGAGUGCGGUAGUCAAUUUACUAACAAACUCGAAGGGAUGUUCAAGGACAUCGAAUUGUCUAAAGAGAUUAAUGAAUCAUUCAAGCAAUCAUCUCAAGCUCGGACAAAACUCCCAUCUGGUAUUGAGAUGAGCGUUCAUGUCUUAACCACUGGGUACUGGCCGACCUAUCCUCCCAUGGAUGUCCGGCUCCCGCACGAGCUAAAUGUUUAUCAGGACAUUUUUAAGGAGUUUUACUUGAGCAAGUAUAGUGGGAGGCGAUUGAUGUGGCAGAACUCGUUAGGUCAUUGUGUUCUUAAAGCAGAUUUCCCGAAGGGUAAAAAGGAGCUCGCAGUUUCUUUGUUUCAGACUGUUGUAUUGAUGCUGUUCAAUGAUGCACAAAAUCUUUGCUUUCAAGAUAUAAAAGAAUCUACAGGUAUCGAGGAUAAAGAGCUGAGAAGGACUCUGCAGUCCCUUGCAUGUGGGAAAGUUCGCGUUCUCCAAAAAAUUCCUAAAGGCAGAGAUGUGGAUGAUGACGACUCCUUUGUCUUUAAUGAUCAAUUUACUGCUCCGCUGUAUCGUAUAAAGGUAAAUGCAAUUCAGAUGAAGGAAACAGUCGAGGAGAAUACAAGCACCACGGAAAGGGUUUUCCAAGAUCGUCAAUAUCAGGUGGAUGCUGCUAUUGUUCGUAUAAUGAAGACGAGAAAAGUGCUGAGUCACACUCUACUGAUCACUGAACUCUUUCAGCAGCUGAAGUUUCCAAUAAAACCGGCGGACUUGAAGAAGAGGAUCGAAAGCCUGAUCGACCGAGAGUACCUGGAGCGCGACAAGAACAACCCACAAAUAUACAACUACCUUGCGUGAAAAAGUCAUCACAAGGUAACAUCAUUUUUCCUUGUAUAAAUGACAUGGGAAAUACGCGGUUUGAUCAAGAUGCUGGAAGCUCAUCGAUCCGAGAAAACUGUGUACAGGAACUCAUAGCUGUCCCUUUUUUGUUGUCAUGCUCAGUGUAAGUAUGUUUCCUUAAAAAAGUUCUUAAAUCCCUGUCCAAGAGGAGCAAUAUUAACAUUAAAAUAUAUUUAACAUUUUCUUCA